AUGUCGCGAAACAUCCUUGUCACUGGCGCGACCGGCAAGCAAGGUGGCGCCGUUGUGCAGGCCUUGCUCGACCGCUAUUCCUCCAAGUUCACCAUCCUCGCCGUCACUCGCAAUGCGCAGUCCCCUUCCGCACUGCGCCUCGCUAAAAGUUCCUCUGUGAAGGUCGUUCAGGGGGAUCUUGAUAAUGUAUCGGCAUUAUUUCAAGCGGCCGAGAAGGCUGCUUCUGGGAGCGUAUGGGGCGUCUUUUCUGUCCAGGCCGCCGUAGGCGGCGGAGCGACAUCCGAGAGCGAGCUAAGACAAGGCAAAGGGCUAAUUGAUGAGGCCAUCAAGCAUAACGUACGACAGUUUGUCUACUCAAGUGUUGAUCGCGGCGGCAACGAUCAGUCGUGGGGCAAAGCGACCAAUAUCCCCCAUUUUCAAGUAAAAAACCAGAUUGAAAAAUACCUUCGAGAUCAGACAGCAAACGGCAAAAGCAGUAUGGGCUGGACGAUCCUAAGACCUGUUAUCUUCUUCGAUAAUAUUGCACCAGGUUUCGAAGCUAAGGUCUUCAUGACCAGUUUUCGCGACGUAUUAAAGGACAAGCCGCUCCAGUGGAUUGCUACUUCAGAUAUUGGUAUCUUUGCGGCAGAGGUUUUUAAUAACCAUGAGCAAUAUGCAAAGAAAGCAAUUGGCAUCGCGGGAGAGGAGCUUACAUUCAGAGACAUGAAUAUCGCAUUCAAAGAGGUCACAGGCCACGGUAUCGGAACCACGUUUGGCUUGCUUGGCAAAGCGUUGAAGGCUGGAGUGAAGGAGGUCGGGACCAUGCUAGACUGGUUCAAGGCUGAAGGAUACAAUGUUGACAUGGCUCUGGCGAGGAGCAUUCACCCUGGCGUGAAGGGCGUACGUCAGUGGCUGAAGGAGGACAGCGCUUUUCCUCGACGUUGA